AUGUUGAAACUCGCUCGUGGUAGCUCCAACUUUUCUGUUUCAAGCAUUGAUUACGACUGUCCGCCAAGACCGAAAAGAGAGGCUCAAAAAAGAAAGGGUGUUCAUUUCAAUGAUGACUUGGAAGUCCACGAUGUGGGGCCGAGUACUAUGUCCACGUCAACUUUCCUUAGGCAAAAAGGCAUGGCAUGGAACUCGCUAGCUAGAACAUUUGGUUGUGAAGAAGAAUUAGGAAAAGACGAUGCUAUGGUGAUGAAUGAGUUGCUCAAUCUUUGCAGCUUUUGGUCGGAUAGUGAGCCUAUUUUCAGAGGUGAGAAUUCAGUCCGUAUCCGUAAAAAUUACAUGAAAUGA